AUAUAAAUUUCAGUAAGAUUGGAUUUUUAGCAUUUAUAGCAAUGGUUAUCAACUGUACUGCAGAGAUGGAAUGGAAUUCGCAGAAAAUUGAUGUUGUGGUGGCUGCUGCAGAGAGGUAUUUGGGUGUGUGAGACUUGACAUCAGAAGAGUUACAGGGUGUGUUACGUGGUGAUAUUCCAUCCUUUCAGGUUGAUGUCAUGGAGGUAGGGAAUACAAACAUUGAAUUAGUGGAGUAGGGUGGUGUUAAUUUUAUUUGAUAACAUUUGGAAAUUAGUGAGUGUAGUGUUAGAUGGUAGGGUAUUUAUUAAUUACGUUUGUAUUUUUCAAGAAAAGUAGGUGGCGGUAAUGCAACAAAUUGGAUGCCAACCACGGUUAAACCUCAUAGAAGAAGAAUUUUCACAGCGCAAGAGUGUUGUAAACUAAAAUGGCGGCGCGGUGGGGAGCAGGCGAUGAGAUUUUAGCUGCCUGCAACAUGGAAUUUUUCUCUACAAAUACACUAGACGAGGUGGUUGGUGGCCUGUCCAGUGAAAGCCUGGCCAGACUGGAGCUGGAUACAGGAGAGGCCCUGGAGGCCCUCCACUGCUGUUUGGACCCCUCCAUUCUGUCCAUCUUUGAGGACACACCCUCAGGAGAGAAUAAAUUUGGACUUGAUGAGGUGAACCAGGCUACGCUGCUCACAGCUUUGACGGAGAUCCUGGAUAACGUGGACAAUGAGAACAUAUCACACUUUGACACACUGUCAGACUCCGACCUACUGUCUGGCCAGAAACAUCGGGAAAACUCUCCGCUGAAGAGAAUGCUGUGCUUGUCCUGCUCGCCUCCAGAGAGAGAGACACUCUGCAACACACGACAGUUCUCCACAGGAAAGAGUCUCCCCAGGACACAGAAGUCUGUCCAGAGGAGUGACGGAGAGGAGGAAGAGGAUGGAGAGCAAGAGUUCCUGAACCUGCCUUUCCCACUGGCUCUGGAGCAGCACAUGGAGGAAGAAGGCGAGGAUGGAGAAAGCAUGUCAGUGAGUCUAGGAGAGCUGGUCAGACAUAUGCACCCUUGCUGCAUGGCUGUGUGCAUGGAGAAUGGAGAAGGGGAAGAACAGAUGCUGGCAGAGAAAGGGAUACUGCUGGAGGUGGUGGACCAGGGAGUACAUCGAGAAUCUAUAUUUGCCCUCCCAGAUAUGGGCCUCUCCCUCUGUCAUCCCUCUUUCUCCUUGUCUGGAGUAGAAGACUCGUCCGAAACGGAGCAGAGGGUUCCAGAUGAAGUUUUGGAGGCCGUCAUUUUGGAGACGCCAGAGUCUGCAAAUAAUUAUGUCGUAGUUGAGGAUGACCCAGCAGAGGUGGCCGGCCCUUCUGACCCCACGGUGACCCUGAGGUCAGAGGCAAGGGGUGAGAAGGUCAUCAACAGGAGACCAAAGGAGGAGACUGCAGAGAGAUGUCCGUCUCGUAGGAAAAGGAAACGGAAAAACAAAAUGGAGAAUUCACCUCCUGAAGUCACACCUGAACCUGACCAGGCAGAGGGGAGGGUCCUGAGGAGAGUAGCCCAGGAAUCCUCGCCCCUCGAGCCUGUCAAGGAGACAACUAAACCAAAGAAAAAGGACAAGAACAUGUCAUUAACUUCCGCCAUUUCUACGGCCGCCCCCGAGGCCCCAAAACACAAGACGAGUGCGACACAUGCCACCGAAACACAACGGCAGAGCCAUGUGGAAGUCACCACCCUAGUACCACCCACACAACUCAGCAUUAAGGUCAUCCCCGCGUCUGACCUGUUGCCAAUGACUAUGACCCCUGCGAAGGUCUCCCAUCCAACCACAGCCUGCAGGAAGCCUCAAUGCCCCCCAGCUUCUACAGCUAACCCAACUGCCCACCAGAUGAUGAAAGCCCCCCAGGAAAUGACAAUUAAAGCUCCCAGUGCCAAACCUGUAUCAGUGGCCCCUCAGCCAAUGAUGCAGCUCAACGUUGCCCCUCUAGUGGCCCCCCAGGCAAUCCCACAGCCCAUUGAGGCCGCUCAGGCUAUUGAACCCAAACCCAAGCCCCUGUCCCUCCAGCAGUACCGGCUGCUGCGCCAGCAGAAGAAACUUGCCCCCCUAGAGAGACUGGUGGACCAGAGCGUCAAGUGGCCCAUCCUCCUUGAGGCCCCUACAGAGCUGCCCCCCAUCCCCUGCCUCCCCACCCCCUCCUCCAGAGGCCCCCACCCCUCCCUGGGGAAGAAUGAUAUGGAGGAAGUGAAAGCAGCCUGGCAGCCCAUGGGGCCAGGAGCACCUCCUACACCUGAAGCCCUGCUGGUGCAUCCUACUUACAUGCAGUCCCCCAAAUCAUAUUCCUCUAGCAAAGUUGCUAGUGCAAACUCGGCCCUUACCACCCUUCCCCAGCAAGUGGCUGUUCCUACUCCACAGUCAUCUAAAGCUAGCCAACUCCAGCCCCUAAUCUCUGCUAUGCCUGCAUCCAGUACUGUGAAGGUGAUACCACCCCAGACCCUUUCUGUGAAGUGUUGUAUACCCCAGGCCCCCCAGCCUGCACUCUCAAACCCCCUGCUCCAGUCUCAGUUACCCUCCUUGAAGCCCGUGGCCCUUAUUAAAGGAGCCUUUUCUAAAACCACUACAGAUGCCCACAGGUCCACCUUAAUUGCUCCUAUACCCCAAAAACCCACCCCUGUCGCUACUACUGUACCCAAGAGAACUUUAAACCCCAAUGCUGCUGCUGUUUGUGUACAGAAACCUACCCCUGCUGCUCCUCUGAAGGUGGCUACUAAUCUCCAGAAGGGAGUAGUUGCUCUGCCCCAGCCUAGGGUGCCUGAGCUACCUACCAUCACUCCUGUGUCUACCCCAGCCAAGCCCUUCAACGCCCAGCCCUUCAAAACUCCAGUCUUCAAACCUCCAGUGAGGUGUUCUCCAGCCCAGGAGGCCCCCAAAGCCAAGAGUCCUACUCAGGAGCUGAUGGAGGCCUUCACCAUUGAAAUCGGUAUUGAAGCUGCAAACCUCACCAGCCUGCUGGAGCAGUUUGAAGAGACACAAGCAAAAGAGGAGCAGUGUGUUCCGGAGGUCUCUGGUAGAGCAGCCGCUGUAGGAAACUCUAGUGUGACGCCGCCAUGUGAUAGGACCCCCGUGGAGAGAGUCCGAGCGCACGACCUGACAGGCACUGCAGGUCUGACUCCUCCAGCUACCCCUCCUCACCAGAUGUGGAUGCCCCUGGUCCCAGUUGCCCUCCUUGGUAAGAGGCGAGCCACUGAGGCCCCCAAAUCAUCGCCCUCCAAGGCAAUCCAGAUUGACGCAUGGCCCCUGCCCUCCAAGCUUCAGAGCAAGCCCCCCAGCCCCCCUAUAACACCCACACCCAAUCCAGUGUCUCUCACCCUGGCCUUCUCAGACCACGACUACUCCCUCCUUCAGAAGGAACCUAUGGCUAUUGCAAGAGAGCCAGGCAGGCGCUGGAAUGUCAAACAGCAAGCAGCCAUCACCAUCGAGCCACUUGGCAGCAACACUACCUGGGUACCCCAGAGGAUCCCUGCCCCCUCCCUCCAAACCCUCACAACUGCCCUGGGUACGAAGAACCAUCAGGCUCCCCUAGGUCCCCAGCCCCUGAAUGUAAAGACUGACAGGACAAGCUCUGUGCUGGAGACCCCCGAUGCCUCUCCCACCAGGCUGAUGGACCAGGCUGGUCCCCUGGAGAGGACUCCCAAGGCAGGGAGGUCUUACAGGGGCUACAAUAAUACCUUCUCCCCCAGGCCUAGCCCAAGCCCCAGGGAAGGAAAGCGGGGAAGGAGGAGGAAAAGGAGAAUCCACCGUUCCUCCAGCCCUGGCUUUACUGACUCUGAGUCGGACUCCUCUUCUCAGUCUAGAUCUCGCUCUCUACCCAGGAAGAGGUACAGGCCCCGUCACUCUGAUAGCAGCUUCAGUGCCUCAUCUUGCUCCUCUUCUCGUUCCUCCUCUCCUUCCCUGGACUGCUUUCCAAGGCAGCGGCGAUAUUCCUACUCCUCUUCCCGAUCAAGAUCAUGGAGUAGGUCCCGUUCCCGCUCUCCCCACAGACGGGCGUGGAGUAGAUGCAGCAGACAACGCAGCCCUUUUUUCAGAGCAGGCUACCGGCCUGAAUCUAGAGAAAACAGUGAGGUGGUGAAGAGACUCAAAGAUAAAGCCAUUGAGGAGCGUAGGGUUGUUUACGUAGGGCAAAUCCGAGAGACAAUGACUCAUAAAGAGUUGAAGGAACGCUUCUCUCUGUACGGAGAGAUUGAGGAGUGCACUUUACAUUUCAGAGGCCAUGGGGAUAACUAUGGGUUUGUAACCUACUACGAUACGAAGGAUGCAUUCACGGCCAUCGAGAACGGCAGCAAGCUCCGUAAGCCUGACGAACUCCCCUUUGACCUUUGCUUCGGAGGAAGGAGACAGUUCUGCAAGACGAGCUAUGCUGAUCUAGAUUCUAACCGCGAGUAUGACCCGUCGGCCCCCGUGACUGGCAAGUUUGAUGCCCUUGACUUUGACACUUUACUGAAGCAGGCACAGAAGAGUCUGAAGAGGUAACAGAGGCCAGCCCACUGGGGGCGCCACACUAAGACUUACCUCAGAGCCGUUGCCAGGCUCCUCCCACUAUCAUCGUUGGCUUCGCCUUGACUGAGGGGUGGACCACAACGCACGGUCGAUACAUUAGCCAGCUAACAUUAAUUUACAUGCAGAGAGAGCUCUUUUCUGGUUCAUACAAGACAGUUUUAAAGCUGCAAUCAGAAAUGAUAAGAGUAAUAGAACCUUUACAUCUUGGUUUAAGGCAUUGUACGAAGCUAAUAAGGCAUAGUUCUAUUCAAGAAUCAAAUGUAAUCAAUGUCAUUGAUUGAAGCAGUAUAUCAGAAUCAUUAUUUGGAAACUGUUGAAUUGAGGAAGUCUGCCUUUUUAAUAUGGGUUGUUUUAAGUGUGAAAUCAUUCAUGCCAUGUUCAUUUCAAGCCUGUCUAUCUUUGAACUCUGAAAUGCUAUUUCUGAAUGUUUCGACAUGUUAGCUGUAUAACACAUUUUCCUGCUUUGUAAUAUACAGUGCAUUCUGAAAGUAUUCAGACCCUUUGAAUUUCCACAUUUUGUUACCUUACAACCUUAUUCUAAAAUGGGUUAAUAAAACUUCUCCCCCUCAUCAAUCUACACACAAUACCCCAUAAUGUCAAAGCAAAAAACAUUUAGAAAUUUUUGCAUAUGUAUUAAAAUUUAAAGUAUUCAGACCUUUUACUCAGUACUUUGUUUAAGCACAUUUGGCAGUGAUUACAGCCUCGAGUCUAAUUGGGUAUGACUGUAAGCUUGGUACACCUGUAUUUGGGGAGUUUCUCCCAUUCUUCUCUGCAGAUCCGGACUCUGGCUGGGCCACUCAGGGACAGUCAGAGACUUGUCCUGAAGCCACUCCAUUGUGUGCUUAGGGCCGUUGUCCUUUUGGAAGGUGAACCUUCGUUCCAGUCUGAGGUCCUGAGCUCCAUGGAGCAGAUUUUCAUCAAUGAUCUCUGUACUUUGCUCCAUUCAUAUUUCCCUCAAUCCUGACUAGUCUCCCAGUCCAAAACAUCCUCACAGCAUGAUGCUGCCACCAUUCUUCACCUUAGGGAUGGUGCCAGGUUUCCUCCAGACAUGACGCUUGUCAUUCUGGCCAAAGAUCUUACAUUUACAUUACAUUUAAGUCAUUUAGCAGACGCUCUUAUCCAGAGCGACUUACAAAUUGGUGCAUUCACCAGAGAAUCUUGUUUCUCAUGAUCUGAGAGUCCCGUAGGUGCCUUUUUGCAAACGCCAAGCGGGCUGUCAUGCCUUUUACUAAGGAGCUGCUUCCGUCUGGCCACUUUACCAUAAAGGCCUGUUUGGUGAAGUGCUGCGGAGAUGGUUGUCCAUCUGGAAGGUUUUGCUAUCCACAGAGGAACACUUGAGCUCUGAUUCUUGGUCUCCUCCCUGACCAUAGCCUUUCUGCCCCGAUUGCUCAGUUUGGCCGGGCGGUUCCAAACUUCUUCCAUUUAACAAUGAUGGUGGCCACUGUAUUCUUGGGGGCUUUGAAUAGUGCAGACUUUUUUUUGGUACACUUCCCCAGAUUUGUGCCCCCAUCUCUACGGACAAUUCCUUUGACCUCAUGGCUUGGUUUUUGCUCUGACAUGCACGGUCAACUGUGGGAGGGUCUGAAUACUUAUGUAAUUAAGGUAUCUGUUAAUACUUUGGCAAAAAUGUCUAAACCUGUUUUGUUUUGUCAUUAUGGGCUAUUGUGUUGAUUUGAUGAUAAAAUAAUUGAAACAUUUUAUAAAAGACUAAUGUGGAAAAAGUCAAGUGGUCUGAAUACUUUCCGAAUGCACUGUAGCUACCAGUCUUUGUUUUGGUUGUUUCUUUCGUUUUUGCAAGCUUACACCUAUUGAAGUGAAGAUUUGUAUGAAAAGAUUAAAAGAAAUUUAAAAAAGAAAUAAAGGAAAUGAGAAACUAUGA